AUGUCGUAUACUACCAGUCCCCAAGGAAAUAGUAUUGGCAGCCGGCCCAGCUGGCAAGACCAACUCCAGGAUCAUUGUACACGUACUAAGCUGUCUGCUCCUGUCUUCAACAUUGUCUCCGAUCGGCGAGGAGGUCGUACCGCCUGGUCUAGCACCGUCACCGUCCAGGGCCAGAACAUCGCCGCUCGUUACUGGUAUGACGGUCAGUUUAUCAACAAUGCCAAAGAGGACGCCGCCGAGGUUGCCCUUAAGACCCUGAACCAGCAGCCCCGAGCUGCUACUGUCUACCAGGGUCAGCUGUUCCCGCAGGCAACGUCGUCCGGCUAUGGUCGCGGAGCUGGCGGGUUCUGA